AUGAGGCUUUUAAGCUUAGUGAAGAGGGCGGGCCUCACCAAAGCGCACCAGCCCGAACUUUUGCAGGAAUCUCUUUCACAUAAAGCUGAUAGCGCGGCCGGUGAAAGGUCACAGAGAGCUUUGGUAGAGAUGGAUUACCAGGCCGCGCAGGCACGUUUCGAGCAGGCAUGCACGGAAAUGACGCAACCGGCCACCCGCGAGGCGGGAACCAAGGUCAUGCUCGAGUUCCGUAGCACCCCAAACGUCUUGCCUCUCUGCAAACAUAUUUUCGAAACAACCCAACGGGACGAUGUCCGGUUCCACGUUGUCACUGCUAUUAAGGAGGUUGCGGCUCGCGAGUAUGCACUGCAUCCAAAAGUCGAAAUACACGGCCUACGCGAUUGGCUCCUUGAAUAUGUAGUCGGGAAGUACGACCUGCUACCCCCAUAUGUCCGCAAUUCCACCCUUUCGACUGUAGCGGUCAUCGUCAAGCGCGGCUGGUUGGAAGAAUCAAGGCCAGAUAAGGAGACGUUUUUUGGUCGAAUUCUGGCCCUGCUCAACGGUGAAAUAACCCACCGUCAAACUGGCGUCGCGUUGUUAUCCUAUAUGCUGGACGAAUUCUCAUCUGAUCGCUCAAGUGCCGUUGGUCUUCCAUAUGAUUUUCACAUUAAAAGCCGUAGGUCUUUUGAGGAAGGAGAACUACGACAUAUCUUUCAGAUAUUAGUCCAAAUUAUUCAGCAUACGUUGCAAGUUGGACCACAGAUUGACAAUCCUCCCGAGUUUGAUUUCUUUACUAUGAGCGUCGCGGCUACUGAAAAGAUCCUUGGCUGGGACUUUGUCAAACCUUGCGAUAAUGCGCUCCAAGGACGAUUUGAACGGAGGCAACAUGUCCGCGAUUAUCUGAUUACUGCCAAUUUCCCCCUUAGCUGGCGAGAAUUCAUCGUACGACCUGAUAUCAUAGACAUGUUUUUCCAGCUCCAUCAUACGAUGCAAGAGCAUGAUCGUCUAUCCGAUCACACACGACAGUGCCUGAUUCAUCUGGCGGGACUGCAUGGCUCAGUAUUUUGUUCCGCCAAUGCAAAUGGUGUUUUAGUUGAGGAUCAGAAUGGACAACGUGGAUACGUGGCGCAUUUCCUGAAAUCUUUUCUGAAGCUACUCACAAGGUUUUUAUCCACAACAACCUUCGACCCAGAUAGUGGCUAUGGUCCGGAGUUGGUUGGAAUAACAUCCAUGGCAAAGCGGGUCCUACAAAACUUUCCAUUAACUAUAACUGGAGCUGUCCCGGAAUUUCUACCGUUUCUGAACGAACUGGGAAAACUGACUGUAACAUGUUCACGUAAUACGGUGGGGGAUUCGGAAGAGUAUUGUACUGAGGCCGCCGAUGAACUUUUGGAUCUUUGGGCAGGGCUAAUUCGGCAGAUUGAGGAUUACAUGCAUGAGCAAGCUGCACUGAGAACUACGGGAGCCGCUCCUGGGUUAACGUUUGACUUGGCCACCCUGAUGACCUUUUUGACAAGUGUUGCGUAUCAUGUUUUCGACACGUAUGUGGAUUCACGUCUGGAGCUUGCGAAACUGUCUGUGGAAGAUGAGGUGGACAACAUGAAGGAUGAGUAUCUGUACGAAGAUCAGCUCUUGGCUGUGGCUAUCAUAGGUCGUGUGGAGCCUGGAAAAUCGAUAGCCAAGUUGCAGCAGUUGAUUGCGGAUCGAAUGGCCAGAUUACACGAAGCAUUUGCCGGAAACCAGGAACAAGCAAGUCAGAUUCCUAUUCUACUUGAGCAUAUUCACUGGCUGUCGUUGCUCUCAGGCCACUUAUUGGCUGACUCGGGCCGAGGCGAGAAACCUGAGAUACCUCGAACUUUGAAAGGGUUAUCGUUGCAUUCACGAGUAGACGCUGACCCCGUUGUCACACUGGCCAUGACACUUUUCAAAGUUUUCAAACUUGUGUCGGUGGAGCCAGAUAGCCCGCAGUUCGCUCUGUGCAGUCCUUUGGUUAGCGAGACGCUCCUGUGGUUUGUCGAGCGUUGGACCGAGACGUACCUCUUUCUCGACUGCAGGGAGGCGGCUUCCCCGUCCUUGGUCAGAGCUUUCGGUAGACAAGAAGGUGGACAACACGUACUUGACUUCAUCCUUACGAUGGUGCAAAAGAACUUUGUUCUAUGGCAUGGGGAGACGGACGUGUUGUUACAGGUAGUCAAUUUGCUUAAUGCUUUCUCGCGGAACACGGAGGUUCGCAACGCCUUGCUUGUGUCUGAAACAUUCCAAGGCAUGAUAUCCUUCUUCUUGGAUAACCUUAGUCGACUACCCGCAGAUGUGCACAGUCCUUUAAUAGAAAACAUUGCAACAAUCGCAACCCAUGCCACGAGCGCUGAUGUCAGAUCACAUUACUUUAGCGGCCUCAGUAAUGCGAUCGAAAAGCGGCUACUAGGCAUCCUGAAUCAUCCCCAAUUUCUGCAGAUCUAUCAGCUUCCGGAGAGCAUCGAGUCGGUCAUGAGCACAAUGGAGAUGUACGGUGGACUGGCCCUAGCUGCUGACGAAUCAAAUACGAAGGAAAUUUUUGCCACCAUCUCAAAGUACUUUGAUGCCUUUAUUAAAUUAUUGGAAGUGUAUCGGAAUGUCACGGAAGUGGAAAAGUAUAUCCUGUUAGUUUUUGCGAACUUGAUUCGAUGUCAGUCCUUCGAAGAACUGACUCCAGCGGACUGCCAGAAACUGUACACUGCUGUUCUCGAAUUAUUGAAAACGUACGCGAAAAACGAAGUUGGCAAAACACGUGUGCUGCAGGCCGAACGGGAGGAGGAACUAUAUGAAGAUGUUUCAUGUAUACUAGAGCUGUUGGCCCAACUUAUGGCAUCGCAGUACGAAGGCCUUGCUUGGAGCGACAUUUUAGUCAAACGCAAAAACAAAGCUACCGUGGAUGUGGCAGACGUCAUUUUCUAUGGUGUCAAUGUUGUAAUACCGCUGAUCACUGAUCAGAUGUUGCAGUUCCCUGAACUCUGCAAGGACUACAUAUCCUUGGUAAGCAACCUGGUGCGGUACUUCCCAGACAAGCUGUCGAGCCUUCCUUCGGAACUUCUUUCCAGUUUGGUAAGAUCUCUGGAGUUUGGUAUGCACAAUGCUAUCUCGGAAGUAGCCAGGAGCGCGUUUGAAGCAGUGACAGCGCUGGCGCUUUUCGGAUGGGACGAACAAGCCAGCAGCGGAAUGUCACUCGAGUUUUUGCAUCCAUAUUUGGAUGGAUUGCUGCAGCAGACACUAGAGAUGUUUUUGUUUCGCGAUUUUGAUUCGGGACUGAUGGAAUCCGCUGGAGAAGCACUCUUUGCAUUGGCUUUGUCCCGAGGAGAUCAUUACAAUACCCUUACACAGCAUCUUAUCAGCCAGCAGUCGCAACCUCAUUUCGCAAGAAGGCUCAGCGACGCCCUGCAAACUCUAAACACGGCAAUUGCAGAAACGGCGCAAACUCCUGGUGCAGCGGAACGACUGAGGAUAGCACGAGUUGAGGGAUUCAUUGGUGGACCCAGUGCAGCGUGGUUUUCUAGAUAUAGGGAGCGAUUGGAAGCAUUUCUCAUGGACGUUCGGGGGUUUUUGAGGGUGAAAUGAAUGUAAAUUCAAAGUCUUUUAGGCAAUUUGGUAGCUAAUAUGUAUACGAUAGGGUUUUUGUUCGUCUAUAGUAGAUCUGAAAUUAAUGGCAGUAUUUGGAAGUGAAGCAUCGAAAAGCU